AUGUUUAGUUCACCUUUUACUAAUUCUACUAGUCAAAAGACAAAUACACCAAAUCAAUUUAAAGAAAAUGCUAGAAAUGCAAUUUAUAAGCAACUACCUAUAAAACAAGUACAAUCAAGUGGCAUAUCUAUACAUUCAGCACCACUGCAAUUUCAACGACAUUUAAAUUUUAGAACUUCAUCAUCAUCCACUAGUUCAUCCUCAAAUUCUUCAAUUUUUUCAUCAAUAACGGGUGGUAAAAGAUCAGUCAGAUCUGCUCCUUCAAUAUAUUCCGCAUCAAAUGCAACAAUACCAGAAGAUGCAGAACUUAUAAGUAUAACAAUUGAACAAUUAGUUAAUGAUAUAGUUUUACAUGAACAAACAACAAAUGAAAAAAUUUCAAUAGGUUCAGAUUUACAAUAUCAAAAUCAAGAAAAUUUAAUAGAUUGGAAUUUAAAUGUAACAAGAUGUAAAUUAAUAUUAAUGAGAUUACCGAAUUUAAGUUCUGGAGAAUUUAAUUAUCAACAAAAUUGUUUACCUCAAAUUAUAGGUGAUUUAGGUAAAACUUGUAAUAUUAUAUUAAUACAGCCUCAUAUACUGGAUAAAGAGUUUAUUUAUACAUUAUAUCAACUGAAUUUAUACACUGAACAUGAUUUGGAUGCUAACUUUAAAAAGUCAGUGGCUGAAAUUUCAGUAAAACAAUCAAGAUUAUUACAAAUUAAUAAUCAUAACAAUCAAUCAAUACCUGAGAUUGAUUUACAAUUAAAAUAUAAAGAAAUUGCAUUGAGAAAUUACCUUGUAAAUUUAGCUGCUGCUGCAACUACUGCUUAUGAAUAUAAAUUAAAAAUGGAUGAAAUUAAACAACAAUUGAAAAUCGAAGGUAAAAAGUUAACAAAAGAUGAAAAGAAACAGUUAUGGGAAAAUGUUAGACUGGAUGUGUUUAAAAGAGCAGGGCUUGAAUAA